AAAUGACUUCAAAAAUAUGUUAUUGAUUGCUUUGAUAACAUCAUUUUUGUUUGUACAGUAAGAGUUUCAGUUGUUUUGUUACACAUCAAUGUGUUCGUCAAUUUAAUCUUUGGCAGUAUUUUAAGGUUAUUGUAUUAUUAUUUUCAUCUAUUGCUUGGUGUCUUACAAGGAUUCAUUUUCAUCUAGCUUGCCUACACUUCACAAUCAGAGUUACUAUGUUUUCUAUAUUUAAAGACAAAUUGCAGUCUGUACAAGAUAAUAUAACUACAAGUUUUCGAGUGUUGAAAGUAUCUGAGCCUGUUUCACCCAAAUCUCCAAAACAGACUUUUGAUGUGAAUGCUGGUGCGGAACUUCUUCACAAAUAUCAAGCAGAAUGGGAGGAAAUGCACAAGUUAGCAGAGGAAAAUGCUAACAUAGCAAAAAAAGUAGAUGAUCGCAUUGGUCAUCUACAUGGAGAGGUCACCAGGCAAUGGCAAGGAAUGACUCAACUUGCAGCCGCACUGAAUACAGUCCCUUCUCUGUGUUCUCGAACAGACCAGAUUAUAUGUCAAAUAGAGGAUGUGCAGCGUUUAGUUGAGGAAGUUGAAGCAUCGUUACUUCACCUGGCGGACAUAGUUGAGCUGAAAGAGCUCCAGGAACGCCAACUUGACAAACGUUUUCAACUGGCGAUUCAUAGUGAGAAACGAUUGGCACAACUAGACUCUCUUAGAGCCAAACUGUCAGAAGAACAUAGACACAAAGUCUUACGGUAUGAAAAAGAAUUCGAGAAGAAACAAAAAGAAAGACAGGAAACAUUUGGAAAGGCCUUUGAAGAUGAUUUGGAGACUUUCAGACAAACAGGAGUUGUUCCUACCAUUAGGCCUUCUUUAUCCACUGGUCCAUCAUUAGAAGAAGUUGAGCUGGAUAUUGAUACAGAAGCUCUGGAUCAUAUGUUAGAGGAGUGAACUCUGGUCGGAGCAGAAGAAAAGGACAAUGCAGACUUCUUGGUCAAGUAGAUUAUCCCUUGGUCUUGCCUUAAUCAAGUUUUUUCUAAAUUUAGUCUUUCACCUAAACAUUUAGUGUAAUAUAACAGUUUGAUAGAAUAUGUUUGAUACACAGUAUUUAUUUCAUAAAAGUUUAGAUAAACUUGCUUUUUAAUCUUUGUUAUUUACUGUAAGAUUAUGAAGAGAAUUUAUUGUAUAGGGUUAGUUUUGCAGAACUUGUAAGAUCAAUAUUCAUACACGUAUAGGGACCAAGAAAAUUAUUUUAAGGGUUUAUUAUUUGUGUUUGUCUAGUAAUUUCAUGGCAGCUCAUUAAGGGAGGUUAGAUUAUACCAUAGUUUGUACAUAAUUAUAAUUAACUUUUUAUUUUAACACUAAGAUUUAUAGAAAGUAUUUUACAUUUAGAUAUUUUAUUAAAAUUGUAAGUAUUAUGUAACUUAAGUGCCUUGUGAUUGUAAAAAUAUAUACAUGAUCUUCAUUAUUUACUGUUACUACAUGAAAUUACUGUUUGAUUUUGUUAUUGGGUAAUAAACUGUUCAAAUGAG